AUGGCCAAACAAAAGAAGAAAGGCCAGUCUGGCCAAGCGAAAAACUACAUAACUCGAACACAAGCCGUCCGCAAACUACAAAUAUCCCUCCCCGACUUUCGGAGACUCUGUAUCUUCAAAGGUAUCUAUCCUCGAGAACCGCGAAAUAUCAAAAAAGCCCAUAAAUCUGCCACCCACUCCACCACCUUCUACUACACGAAAGAUAUCCAAUAUCUCCUCCAUGAACCGUUGCUGGGCAAAUUCCGAGAACAGAAAGCCCUUUCCAAAAAGAUUGCAAGGUCCCUCGCCCGCAAUGAAGUCCAAGAUGCGGUACGGUUGGAGAAAUAUGGCAUGCCCAAGAUCAAACUGGACCAUAUCGUGCGAGAGAGAUACCCGACAUUCGUCGACGCCCUACGAGAUCUUGAUGACGCUCUCUCCCUUCUGUUCCUCUUUGCAAAUCUCCCCUCGACCACGGCGGUGCCCGCCAAAGUCAUCGCCCGCUGCCAACGACUCUGCCAUGAAUUUGAGCACUACCUCAUUACCACGAAUUCCCUUCGCAAAUCCUUCUUGUCCAUCAAAGGUAUAUACUACCAGGCGACGAUCCAGGGCCAAGAUAUCAUGUGGCUGGUGCCGUACAAGUUUGUGCAAAGAGUAACCCAGGAUGUGGAUUACCGAAUAAUGGGGACAUUUGUCGAGUUUUACUGCACGCUACUCGGAUUUGUGAACUACAGACUUUACACCUCGAUUGGUCUGGUUUAUCCACCCAAAUUUGACGUGGCAAGUGAUGAGCGAGGAGCAGAAUUGUCCGCCUUCACCCUCGAGGGCCGCCGUGUGGCGGCAGCCGUUGAACCAAAAGAGGAGCCAAAACAGAUGACGAAUGGUCACGCACAGAGCGGCAAUUCAGAGGAGCUCCAAGCUCAGAUCGACCAAAUUGCCCAGGAAAUUACGGCCGACGACGACGUCAAGCAGGACGAACAGACCGAGGAUCCAGCAGAUUCCGGGGCAAUCGACGCCUUCACCCCGGCAGCGCCAGAAGGCGAUGUUCUCCCACAGCCUGACCGCACUGGUGACGCAGCUGCAACACUAUUCUCAACCUUAACCUUCUUUAUCUCCCGAGAAGCUCCCCGGCAUCCGAUCGAGUUUCUCCUGCGAGCUUUCGGAUGUAAACGAAUCGGAUGGGAUGCCGUUCUCGGGGACGGCGCAUUCACUCACGACGAAACAGAUCCCAGAAUUACACACCAGGUUGUCGACAGACCCUCACCGGCACAACCACUUCCCGCCGUCCAAGGCCAAGAAGACGCAAAGGACCAGAGCCUCCAAGUCGUCAAGCCGGGAUACAUCAUGCCUGGUAGAACAUACAUUCAACCACAGUGGAUAUGGGACUCGGUGAACGAAGGAAAACUCCUCCGGGCCGACCUGUAUGCGCCUGGAGAAACGUUACCGCCACACUUGAGCCCGUGGAUUAAACCGACAAACGGUCAGUAUGAUCCAAGAGCGACAUUGGAGGAGCAGGAAUUGGAAGGUGAAGCGGAUGAAGCUGUCGAUGAGGAAGAUGCCGACGAGACGGCUGCAAUUGCUGCUGAGAAAGAUGAAGACGAAGACGAAGACAUCGAUGUAGGAGACAUGGACGUCGCUGUCUCGGCGGACGACGACGACUCAGAAGAGGAAGAACAAGACAAAGUCGAAGAGACAGACACAUUCGGGGGCUUCGACGACCCUCUUCCCGACCCCGACUCGGACUUCGAUUCGGAAUCACAACACCAAAAAGAACUUGAAGCCGAAGCCUCCGGUCGUGCUGUGCCCAUGGUCACGAGCGUCACUAAUGGAUCCAAAUCCAAAGCCCGCAAAGCACGACAAACGGCUCAAGUUGAAAAGGACGAAGAGAUCGAGCGCCGGAAGAUGAUGAUGGGUAACAAAAAGCGCAAACUGUUUGAGAAGAUGCAGUACUCGAAUAACAAGCGCGACGCGGAGGCGGAGAAGUUACGAAGGAAACGCAGGAAGAUUGAGAGGGCUGCUUCCGCAAGUGGGAAGAGAGAACGUGACAUUGAGCAGAAUAAAAAGGUGAAAACUUACGAAGGUAUGUUUGAGAGGGUUCCUAGUCGUGAAAUGAAUGAUGUUUGA